GACCCCGCAACCUCCUCGUCACAGACAAACGGUCCGGCAGCCACAUCGGAUCCGGAGGCGGAGGCGGCGGCUGCGGAGGCUGAGAAAGUCGUAGGAACAGCCGGACACUAUGGCGACUGGAAACGACUUGUUUAAUCCCGGGACGGAGGAGGAGGAGGGACCAGGGCUCAGUGCCAGGACGCUGCUGCCCAAGCUGCUGCCGACGGGCUCGGCGGGCCGGGAGUGGCUGGAGCAGCGCCGGGCCACCAUCCGGCCCUGGGGCUCCUUCCUGGACCAGCGGCGCUUCUCUCGGCCUCGGAACCUGGGCGAGCUGUGCCAGCGCCUGGUGCGCAACGUGGAGCACUACCAGAGCAAUUACGUCUUUGUCUUCCUGGGCCUCAUCCUGUACUGCGUGAUCACGUCCCCCAUGCUCCUGGUGGCCCUGGCAGUUUUCUUCGGAGCCUGUUACAUCCUCUACCUGCGCACCCUGCAGUCCAAGCUGGUGCUCUUCGGCCGGGAGGUGAGCCCCGCCCAUCAGUAUGCCUUGGCAGGGGCCAUCUCUUUCCCCUUCUUCUGGCUGGCUGGAGCUGGCUCGGCCGUCUUCUGGGUCUUGGGAGCCACCUUGGUGGUCAUCGGAUCCCACGCGGCCUUCCACCAGCUGGAGGCAGCCCCCGAGGGGGAGGAGCUGCAGAUGGAGCCCGUGUGACGGCCCCUCACGCAGGGCAAGGAGCACCAGCCUGCCGGCCUGGUCUGGGGGCUCCCCCCAGGGUGGCUGAUGGAGACUUGGGGAGCCUGGCAGAGGGGAAGCAUAAUUUGAGAAUAAAGUCCAGCCCUCGACAUAGGAGUGUGGCCCCCGGCCAGCACCCCUCGUUGUGUGCCCAUCACUA